AAGAAAAUCACAUUCUCCUAUCCCCGGACCCUGGAGGAGCUGCUUCAUCAGGUUGCCAGUCUUCAUGAGUCCCCCGCUCCCCCCUCUCUUAUCCUUGUUGACGGACUGGAGGGCUUCCUGCGAGGAGCUGCAGGCGGCAGCCACGGUGGAUUUCACUCAGGAGASCAGUCCUGCGCCGCGCACGUGUCUGCGCUGCUCUGCGACACAGCCGCCUUCCUCACACAGGUGCUGGCAGCGAGGGGGCCGAGCUCAGCCCCCUGCCGCUUCAUCGCUUCCUACCUGUCGGAGGGAGACGCUGCCGGGCAGGGCGGCAAGAAGGAGUCCUCCACAGACCCUGUUCUCGAUGUKCUUGACCGCUACUUCCAGGUGCGCUGCACUCUGGACCAGGACAGAAGCUACGAAGCUGCAGCUGCUGCAGCGCAGGAGGUGUGGCACAUUUACCUUUCAGGGAGGGGAAUGACAGAGGCCUCUGGAACUACAGACUGUAAAGACGGCUCAUCUGUAGCCCAGGAGUGGAAGCUCUUCAUUUUCCCAGAUGGUCUAAUGGAGUUCACGUUGGUUUGAAGAGGACUCAGCUGUGAAUCUUCUGAUGUAAUGAAGGUCGUGAUCCAAAUAUCCUUUUUGAUAGUAUUUAAAAUGACCGCAGAAUCUUUCAUGUGCAAUGUUUAUUUUUAAAAUCCUGACACGCUCUGAAGGUGUGUUAGCCCCGUUCAUGGACUCUUUUAAUCCAAAGGUUUUAUAUGUAUAAUUGAAAAAUAAUUUCCAAAAUAGUUGGCUUAAAAUACGUUUCUGAAUUAAUAAUAAUAAACAAUGUUUUCUCAUAAAAAGUUUAGAAA